UCCCCGUCUCCUCCAAGUCCCGCUUGGAGCGGCCGAACGGCCAAUCGCGCUGCGGGGCGGGGCUGCGAGAAGCAGUCGCGGCCAAUAGCUGCGGAGGGGGCGGGGCCGGGCUCCAGGCGCGCGGCGGCUGGGUCGCCCCGGGCAGAGCCCGCGGAGCCGCGGAGGGGAAGCCGCAUGGAGGACCUGGCGGCUGCUGGGGCCGGGAGCCAGCCCGCCAAUGGCAACGGCAACGGCAACGGCGGCGGCGGCGGCGGCGGCGGCGGCAAAGGGAAGCCGUCGGCGCCUAAGGGCCGAGAAGCAUUCAGAAACCAGCGGCGAGAGUCGGAGGGCUCUGUGGACUGCCCCACUCUGGAGUUUGAGUAUGGAGAUGCAGAUGGACACGCAGCAGAGUUGUCAGAAUUGUAUAGCUACACUGAGAACCCAGAAUUCACCACUAACAGGAGGUGCUUUGAAGAAGAUUUCAGGACUCAAGUGCAGGGCAAGGAGUGGCUGGAGUUGGAGGAAGACACCCAGAAGGCCUAUGUGAUGGGACUUCUGGACCGGCUGGAGGUGGUCAGUAGGGAGCAGCGACUGAAGGUGGCCCGGGCUGUUCUCUACCUGGCCCAGGGUUCUUUUGGGGAAUGUGAUUCAGAGGUUGAUGUGCUACACUGGUCCAGGUACAACUGCUUCCUGCUCUAUCAGAUGGGGACCUUCUCGGCUUUCCUGGAGCUACUCCACAUGGAAAUUGACAACAGUCAAGCCUGUAGCAGUGCCCUUCGGAAACCAGCCGUCUCCAUUGCUGAUAGCACAGAGCUCCGGGUGCUGCUGAGUGUCAUGUAUCUCAUGGUGGAAAAUAUCCGCCUGGAGCGAGAGACAGACCCCUGUGGAUGGAGGACAGCCCGGGAGACCUUCUGCACUGAAUUAAGCUUCUCCAUGCAUAAUGAGGAGCCAUUUGCCCUUCUGCUCUUCUCCAUGGUCACCAAAUUCUGCAGUGGCCUGGCCCCCCACUUCCCCAUAAAGAAAGUGCUGCUUCUGCUAUGGAAGGUGGUCAUGUUUACCUUUGGUGGGUUUGAGCAUCUGCAGGCUCUCAAAGUACAGAAGCGGGCAGCACUGGGCCUGCCCCCACUGGCCGAGGACAGCAUCCAGGUGGUGAAGAGCAUGCGUGCUGCCUCUCCGCCAUCGUACACUCUCGACCUGGGGGAGUCUCAGCUGGCUCCUCCACCCUCCAAGCUGCGAGGCCGCCGUGGUUCUCGAAGGCAACUCCUCACUAAGCAGGACAGCCUGGACAUCUAUAAUGAAAGAGAUCUCUUCAAGACUGAGGAACCAGCCACAGAGGAGGAAGAGGAGUCUGCUGGCGAUGGAGAACGAACGUUGGAUGGAGAGUUAGACCUGUUAGAGCAGGACCCUCUGAUGCUACCUCCACCUGCCCAGGCACCCCUCUCUGCUGAGCGGGUUGCCUUUCCCAAGGGCUUACCCUGGGCCCCAAAGGUCAGACAGAAGGAUAUUGAACACUUCCUGGAGAUGAGCAGGAACAAGUUCAUCGGAUUCACUCUGGGGCAGGACACAGACACCUUGGUUGGAUUACCCAGGCCCAUCCAUGAGAGUGUGAAGACCCUAAAGCAGCACAAGUAUAUCUCCAUCGCAGAUGUCCAGAUCAAGAAUGAGGAGGAGCUGGAGAAGUGCCCUAUGUCUUUGGGGGAAGAGGUGGUACCAGAGACACCAUGUGAAAUCCUCUACCAGGGCAUGCUGUAUAGCCUUCCCCAGUACAUGAUUGCUCUACUUAAGAUUCUGCUGGCUUCAGCCCCCACCUCCAAGGCUAAGACAGACUCUAUCAAUAUCCUGGCAGAUGUCCUGCCUGAGGAGAUGCCCAUCACCGUCCUCCAGAGCAUGAAGCUGGGCAUUGAUGUGAACAGGCACAAAGAGAUCAUUGUGAAGAGUAUCUCUGCCCUGCUCCUGCUUCUCCUUAAACACUUCAAACUGAACCAUAUCUACCAGUUUGAAUAUGUAUCACAACAUUUGGUGUUUGCCAAUUGCAUUCCCUUGAUCCUGAAGUUCUUCAAUCAAAAUAUCUUGUCCUACAUCACUGCCAAAAACAGCAUCUCCGUUCUGGACUACCCUUGCUGUACCAUUCAGGAUUUGCCAGAGCUGACUACCGAGAGUCUGGAAGCUGGAGACAACAACCAGUUCUGCUGGAGGAACCUAUUUUCCUGCAUCAAUCUUCUGAGGCUGCUCAAUAAACUGACCAAAUGGAAGCAUUCCAGGACCAUGAUGCUGGUGGUGUUUAAAUCUGCUCCAAUCUUGAAGCGGGCCCUCAAGGUCAAACAGGCCAUGCUUCAACUCUAUGUCCUGAAGCUGCUAAAGAUACAGACCAAAUACCUGGGGCGCCAAUGGAGGAAAAGCAACAUGAAAACCAUGUCAGCCAUUUACCAGAAAGUGCGACACCGCAUGAACGAUGACUGGGCUUAUGGAAACGACAUUGAUGCCAGGCCGUGGGACUUCCAAGCAGAAGAAUGCACCUUGAGGGCCAAUAUUGAGGCUUUUAACAGCCGUCGGUAUGACAGACCCCAGGAUUCUGAAUUUUCACCUGUGGAUAACUGCUUGCAGAGUGUGCUGGGGCAGAAGUUGGAUCUUCCUGAAGAUUUCCACUAUUCAUAUGAGCUCUGGCUGGAGAGAGAGGUAUUUUCACAGCCAAUCUGUUGGGAGGAGCUGCUCCAGAAUCACUGACUGUGCUCUGGUCAAAGAGCGUCUGACACGUGGCUCCAGUAAAUGGUGCUCUGCUUAACCUGCCCAUUAAGCCUUUGAUUGCAGCUCUAAGAAUGCUUGCCAAGGAGAGAUCUGGCCCAGCCCAAGGACAUCCAGUGUAGUUCAGGGUCAGUCUGGGGGCUAUUGGACCUGAAGGUGGGACAGGCCUUAGAUCCUAAGUUGCAAAAAUUGAUCAACCUACCCUGGGGUCAGCUGGGUCCCACUUGGCCUUGAAAAUUUUGUAGAUCCAUUCUGGACAGGGUCUUUGGUGGUACUUCUUUCUGUAUUAGCCCUGCUGAGAACUAGGGCCUUUGCUGGGCCCAGGAGUGAGAGGAAGUUUAUUUUGGCAUUUGGCAAAACCAACUUUGAAAUUAAGUGUGUAAGUUUUAACAAAGAUGUCCUGAACACACACUCACCUCUUCCUAAAAUCAUCAGCUCUAAGAUUAUUUUAGAGCACUUGCACCUUCUUUGUGAAGGAUGAUGAUUUACUAUUCCCUAAACACUGCAUGUUAUACAGUCUAGAGUGUUUUUUCUUUGUUCCCUAUGAGAUCUAUGUUCAAUGUGAAAAUUAUUUCCCUGUGUACUCUCUGUAGAGCAUGGAGUCCUCUGCCAUCUUCUAAGAGCCACAACCAAAAUGCAACAGUCAGGCCUUCUCUAAGGAUGUUUCAUGUUUCAGAAACUACUUCAAUCUUAAAAUAGCUAAGUACACUGCAGAAAGUUAUCAAACUCAUUUUUCAAAUGACAAGUUAGCUGCAGGAGGCUUUAUUUAUCAAAAUGGUGUGUCCAUUUGUGUUCAUGAUCGAUUUACUUUUUAAUUGAGUAUAACAGCAAGAGCAUCACAGCUUACCAUUUUUCUUCUUAAAUAUUAAUUUUUUUUUUUUUCCAUUUUUACUGCUGGUGGUUUCAAAGUGUCAUUAGGCAAUACUGUUUCUACUAAACAUUUUAUACAUUUCUUUGAAAAUAUAAGGGUUGAUAUACCAAUCUCUUUACACUUCUCUUUUUUACAACAGAACCACAUACCUCCCAAUAGAAACAGGUUUUUAGAAAAGUUUCUGAUUCAGUCAGGAUCAUUUUCUCUUCUACCCCCAACAAUUACGUCAUCUAUCUUUUCAAGCUUUUUUACUAUAAAUACCUCCCUCCAACAAAGACCCUACUGAAACUUUUUACAGUGGCACCAGGCCACUUUAAAUGUGCCAGAAGGCCUAGUUAAAAGUGGCUUAAUUUACUCUGUCUUUUUCAAGCACAAUCUCAUUUGAUACUCAUGAUGGAAUUAUUCAUAAUGCCUGAAGAAAGUGUACCAAUACUCUAAUAAGUCAUCCUUGGAUUUCACCUCUUUGUGCUUUUAGGGUAGCAGGACUUCUGUUUUUAUGGAAAGGUCAUGAAGAAUGUGAGUAUGUAUUGUAUGAAUUUGUAAAUUUUACCUGAGUAGGACAAUGGUCCUCAGUGUAAUCAAAAUAAUUUACUGAGCAUGUCAUCUAUGAAUUAUAUGAAUUGUGUUAAUCUAGGGUCAGGUUAGUAUGAUUUUAAUGUGACUUGAAUGAAAAGACAAUUUUUUAAGGAAGCAAUCAUCAAUCUCUUUCUUUUAAAACCAUAUAGUAUUUCAUUGUGUCAAGAACAAAUAAGUGAUCCUUUUAAUAUAUUCACAUGAAUGCUUUCUGAGGCACAGAAGUAUGCUAAGCUUUACUAUUUCAUACUGUAUUAUUUACAUCUCUUCUCUAAGGAAAGUUUAAUUUCCAAUACAGGUGGAGAAACUGAGGCACCAAGGAUAAGUGAUUAGUUUCCAAUCACGUCGCUUUUCCACUGACUUGCUGAAAGUAGCAUUCAGGUACUGACAGCUAGCUCCAUGUGCUUGCGAACCAGGUUGAAUCUCCCAAUUUGAGAACCCAUGUGUGUGGUUAGGAGUAAAGUUAAGAUGAACCAACUUCCAAUGGUGAUUGUUGUUAUUACACAGAAGAAUAUUAUUUGAGUAAUUUAUAAAGUUAAGAAUUUUUAUUUGUGAAUAUUUCAGUAAAGUUUGUGUUGAUUGUUGGUAACACUCUUCAUCUACUGAAGCACUUUAAUAAAAAGAAAAAUGAACUGGAGUUAGUAA